UCUUUUAAGGGAAUUAGAAAGGUAGAAUCGCCUCUCAAAAUGAUUGAACACAUAUAUUUCGCGGUUUUUUCACAAUUUUGAAUUGUUCCGAAAUAUAGAGGGUGAGAAUAGCUGUUAUGGGCACUCUGUAUACAUAUCCGUAUAAAAUUAAUUUCGGAUCUCUUUUAAAAUUGUGAUUCGUCUGUGGCUACUAUGAAUAACGAUAUCUGGGCGUGAUUAUAUAUUGAUAAAGAUAACAUCGGUUGUUCUUACGAAGAAACGUCGAAUUGGAUGAUUGUUUGAUCAACAUCACAGCAAUUCACCUAUUUACCAUCAUUUGUUUGUCAAUCGAUCACGAUGCGUUCCGCCGUCUCCUGUCAAACAUUCGUUCGAACGGUAGACUCGCCGCCGUUCCCCCUCGAUUUUCUCUCCCCCGAGCAACGCGGUAUCGUGCGAUCUCGACAAAUUAUUCGGCAGUUAUCACCCCAUCAUGGACGACACCAGACUGUACAAGUACUAUCGAACGUCCGGAUACGGUUUAAAUUCGCUGAUAUAUCGAUUUCUCAUCGCCGAUUAUAAUCUCAGGCGGUUCUUCAACAUAGGUGCUUAUUGCGGACCGGUGACUUUCGUGACGUUCAUCUUCGCAGUAAUUAUGACCGUCUGUUCGUUAACAAGUUUGAACAUGGUGACGAUGAACGAUACCCUUUUUCGUGAAUUGUUUGAGAAAGCGGAGAAGAAGUUACCGCGAAUGGAGAGCGUCGUUAACGUUAUACCGUCGUACAAAUGUAUUCACAAACAUCUACAACGGAUGAACGUGUUCCAAGAGAAAACGAAGAAAAUGUUAUGCAAAGAGCAACUGGAGCUGGAAAUAAUGAACAGCAAAAUGUCGUGCAUCGAGAAGCUAUUGAAGCCCGAGGAACAGUCCGAGUGGCGUCGUAGCAGAUCGCCAAAAGCAUACCAUCGCCCUAUUAACGUGGAAAUAUCAAAAUAGCAAGUAAUAAUACACAGGGAAAUGAGGUCGCGUAUACAUGUAAAAUCUGAUGAAACUUUAUUCUCAAUUUUAUAAUUAAUGCUUUCAUUAGCGAUUUACAAUUGAUAUAUAAAUGUAAUGGUUGUCUGAUCUCGCGCUUUAUAGAAAUAAAAUAAAUCUGUGACAUAUAG